AUGAAUAAUUAGUAGAAAUAGUAACAACCAGACUAAUAUUUUUCUCUAUUUGCUUAUCUUUAGAAAGAUAAUAGUGAUCUUUAUGAAGCAUUAAUUGAAGGACUCACUUAAAUUAAACUUCAAAAGUAAUAUAAAUUUAAUAAGUUAGACCAAAUGAAGAAGUACAAUUUCUAGGAAAUUUUUUAAUUAAUAAAUCUUAAGAAAAAGGAAAGUGA